UUGAAUCAUUGAGAAAUCACACUCUUGGUGGUAAUCACUCCGAGAAGAUGAUGAAGCUCACAAUUGUUCUGUUCGCCGUCUUCCUGACACUUGUGCCUCACAGUUCUCAGGCUCUGUCCCUUAGCGAAGCCUUGGAGAGCGCCAGUGCGAAAACCCAUGAUAUAAUAAACGAUGCACUCGCCAAAGCUGAAGAAGUCAUCGGCGACGCCCGAGAGAAAGCUGCGCAAUUGGGUGAAGAAUUGAGGAACAGAAUCGCCGAGUUCCUCCAGAAAAUGGAAAACCGAGUAAAUGAAGUCCUGCAAAAGAUCAACGACCGAGUCAACGAACUCGUUGGUGAUCUCGACGAUCCAAGUGUCUCUGAAUGCCGAAGACUGGCUGGUACAGUGCGUGAUGCCUUCCUGGAAGUCAUUGCUGAUGACAAAAAAUGUGUCACUGACAAACUGGCGUCUGGCAAGGAGUACAUCGCAGAAAUCUCAGCUGUUGCUAAUGAAGUUAGGGAUGAACUUAAGAAGCUGCAGGAGGAAGCACGACGAUGCACUGAGAAUAUCGAUGGGAUUAAAGCAACCGCUGGGGCUCUCGUUUGCAUCAACAAGGUGGGACUUACUGCCCUGUGGGUCAGCACUAAGAGACUUCCAGAAGCUACCGGUCUUGCUGUCAGGCUUGGAUUCCUCGUAAAUACUCUCCCAAUUAGCCUACCCCACUGCGCUUCCAAGAACGGAUUUAACGUCAUCAGUGAGAAUGUAGACCAUCUCCUUGCUGGUGUCAAAGAGUGUGUCAAAGAAUCUGUGAAGGGUGACAAGAAGAAACCAGAGGCGAUUGUCAGCUCCACGACCAUUGCUGCAACAUCAAGUCCAGUACCAGAAGUAACAGAGGCAGUGCCGGACACUAUUGAAGUGGAAACCGUGGUCCCUGUAACGGCUGAUGUGACUGACUUGCUCGAUGAUUUUUAAUCUGGAUGUUGACUGUCUGUUGGCAGAAAAUAAUUUGCGUUAAUAAAAAAAAUGUUGGUCUAUCGUGAA